AAAAUAAAAGAAGUCUCGUUCCAUAAAAAGGGGAAUCCCCAAGUCCAUAUUCCCAAAUUUUGUGAUAUUUUGUGUGUUUUCUAGAUAUUUCCAUUUUGGAACAGUUUCGAUUAGAUUAUCAAAAGGAAUGUUGUAGGAUAAGUUUUAAACAAAAUAAUCCUGGAUUUUCAAAAUGGCAUCUAUAAGCAGUAUGAGUCCAAUGACGCCACCUGGUAUGGCAAGGACGCCCAGCAGUAACGGAUCAGAUUUUAUCGUUCUUUCGAGGCCACCAUCAUCUGUGAAUGGGCAAGCUUUAGUUGAUGAGCAGUUUGAGUUACAAGAACGUGCAGAAUUCGAUCUAUCUCUUAGCUCACUUAGCGCAUUGACCAUGGAUGAAGCAAUGGACAGAAUAAAGGACCUCCUUCUGGAGAACAGAAGUCUGAAAGAAACUAUUGCUGGAAACAAUACAGCAAUGAGGGAACAAUAUGACCUGUUGUCACAAUGGAGGCAACAGAUGCAGACAACAUCAGAGGAAACGAAACAAAGAUACGAGCAGGCAAGAAAUGUUGUGACGAACCUCCGCAAAGCUAACACAGAGUCACGUCAGAGAAUACAGGAAUUAGAGACAGAAAUUGAAUCUUUGAAACUACUUAUACCAAAAGAAGACUCGAUGGGGUCAAACAGAAGUAUCACUGAGAUAGAGGAGUUGAAGGGGCAGGUGGAAGCCCUUCAUCAGACCAACAAGAUGUUGUCACAGAGCAAGGCGAACUCGGACAAGAUGGUGACAGACCUGAGUAAAGAAGUAGAGACACUAAGGGGGAGGUUGGAGGGCUUCGAGCUGAAUAAUUUAGUGGAAGCUGCACAGAUGGGUAACCUUAUGUCUGGCCCUUACACAGACACUGAGGUACCCAAUCAAGAUGAUGCUCCCUCAGACCAAGCAGCAGCAAUUACAGAAGACGUAAAACAGAAUGCUCCCUCAGAAGAUGACAUCCUUAAGAAAGAGAAAGAACUAAAGGAUUCAAUUGAAAGUUUGAAGAAUGAAAAUGAGAAAAUCAACAAAGAGCUGAUGAAAUUGAGACAACUGUACGAGAAAUCGCUAAUGGAAAAGAAGGAUCUUCUUGCAUUAAACACCCAGUUAAACGGAGAAAUAUCUGAAUACCGCAGCCAGAGUGGAAAUAUGUUGUCAAUGUCAUCGGGCAACUACAUUUUUGUGUCACCUGAUGGUGAUGAAAAAACCAAGAAGGAAUCUGCCAAGGCACAGACAUCACUCAACAGCUUAGAAGCUGUUCCCAAGGAGACACAAGAGCCACAACGUAUUGCCAUAGCAACCAAACAGAUGGAAAAACAAAAUAAUGCCAUGGCGACAUCUAUCAAUGCUAACAUCAAGACCCUCGUGCAUAUGGAAAGUAUAGAUGAUGCUGAACGCAUCCAGUCUGUUGAGGAGAUGAAGAGUCCUAAUGCAGAGAUUCUGGUACAACUGCAGCAAACACGGACACAAGUAUCUGAGCUGACAGCUGCACUUUCAGACAGAGAAAAAAGAAUUGAGCAGUUACACAAUGAACUACAGAGCAAAGCCAGCCAGUUGAAUAGGAGUCAAUCGGAGAAAGACACGACUGUCUCUCAGCUUACACAGCAGUAUCAGACCAGGGAGACACAACUAGUACAACAGCUAGAUUCCAUUCAGACAGAACUCUUGCAGUAUAAAGGAUCACAGCCUAGCACUAACCAGAGCACUGAGGACAUCCAGAGCCUGCGUUCCCAGGUCCUCAGUCUUGUAAAUGAACUGCAUGAGGCAGAGUCAAAGUUAAAAGCUGCUGGUAAAGCCAUUGAAACAUACAAAAAUCGACUACAGGAGGCCCAGGGGAACCUGAGAGAGAAGAACCAAGAACUAGAGGUAUUGAGAAACAAGGAUGACCAACUUAUUGACUCUAUGAGAAUAACUAUUACUAAUUUAGAAGCUGCACUGAACAGAGAGAGGUUCGAGGCACAACAGUCCAAGCAGGAGCUGCACAUUCAGAGGCAACAGACUGCAGAGUGUAGGAACCAGUAUGACCAGCUGUGUAAUGAUUAUCAUGAACUCCUGAACACAUUUGAGGACUUCAAGGCAUCACAGGAAGAUCAUGCUCGAGAACUCGCAAGGCAACCUGUACCAAAUGUCCGCAUUUAUGAAGAGAAAAUUGACAUCCUUACUGCACAGCUUGUCUCUGCGGAGGAGAGUUUAACUGCUAAGGAGAAUGAAAUCAAAAUUCUGCUAGGAGAGAACCAACAAAUGAAAGCUGAUUUAGAGACCAUUCCAAUCUUACAACAACAGGCUGAAAUAUACGAAACUGACUUUCGACAGGAGCGUGAUGCCAGAGAGAGGCUUCAUGGCGAGAAAGAACGAUUUGAACAAGAGGUGGCCCAGCUCCAGCUACGUAACCAGCAACUCCAGGACGAACUUAAUGCCUAUACAAACAACCAGUUUGAGGAAAUGCAGCGUAGACAUGGCCAGGGAUAUGCGAAAAAUGUUAUGGGACUCCGAAGGCAGAAUCCAACUGUCCCACAGGAGUACCAAUAUCAAGUAGUGGAUGGUAAGCUACCUGGUGGAGCCCAAGGUGGAUUACCACAACCAGCCAGAGAAAGGCAAGACUACCAAUACCCUGGCCAUUUCGAGGAUUUUGAUCAAGUCCCUGUCCCAAGGACACCACAAGAGGACAUUAAUGAAGGGAUUGGGAACCUUCAAGGACCUGACAGGAAUCUUACCGCGAGGGGAAAUCAACCCCAACCACAAGGCCAGUUAACAUGUCCCAAGUGUAACUCUGCUUGGCCAGAUGUUGAUACUUUACAAGCACAUUGUAUUGAAUGCUUGAACUUGUAGAUUCACAAACACAUUGCUUUAUUAAAAAGCUGGACCAAAAUGAUUGCGUGACUCUAGUAUGUACAGGUUGACCCGAAUAUGUCACUCUCUAAUUUUGUGAUAACUUUCUCAAUAUUGGUGGAAUCAUCCUGAAUUUUCUUAGGUUGAUAGAGUGGUCAAUGAAGCAAAUUUCAUGUACAUCUUUUUGAGAUUAAGAAAAAUCAUGUUUGAGAAGGUUUUUCAAAGACGGUUGCAUUUUUGCGGCAGUCCCUAUCCUUAAAUGUUGUGGAAAUAUAGCAACCAGAUAACUUUGCGGUACUUAUGGUAUGGAAUGGUGUUUGAAAUUAUUGUACGUUUUGUAUACCUAUAUUAUAUUAAAUAGUAACUACAUGUAUAUAUGUUAUGCUCUGUAUAUCACAUAAUCAUCAAGAGUGAUCCUUGUGGACAGUGGGUAUACAUAGAGGAAUGCAGAUUCUGUGAGAAUCACUUCAGAGUAAAUAAAAAUAUACUACAGUAAAUGAAAUGGUGAAUCAGGGAGUCUAGGAGGUCCUUCAACCUGAUGUACUUUAAAAUCAUAAUAUAAUUCAUGUUUAGUGGGUGUGGUAUGGUAUACCUUUUCUCAAUUUACCCAACAUUAUUUUAAUAUAUAUUAUUUGAAUAGCUAAACAAUAAGCAUAUAAGUUUAUAUGUUGUAGAAUAUUACAUGUAUUAUUGUUAUUUAGAACAAGACAAGGAACCAGAACAUCUAGAUAUAAUUGUUUUAUAGAUUGUGCCAAAGAUGGGAUAUGGGAGAGGAUACAACAUGGAAAUGAGUGUUAAAUGCUUAGUACCUAUCUUCUAUUCUACAACACAUAUAUUUUUAAUAAUUUAGGUUUAGAAUAUGUAGAUACAGGCACAUUGCUCUUUUUAUUUACACAAUGACGAUUUUACAAUAUACAACAAAGUAUAUAAAAGAGUGAAAUUCCAUAACUGUGUGCAAUUUAAUUACUGGUAUUAGCCCAGAAAAUGAUGUUUGUUUAACUGUGUGCAAUUUAAUUAUAUCCCAGAAAAUGAUGUUUGUUGUAGUUAAUUAUAUAUAAGAAUAUCAUUUAAAAUAAAUAUUUGGUAUUAGUUCAACAA